GCUUGUGCUGGCACGACCUCUCUCAUCACGCUUCACAUCUGCCAUAGUCGUUCAUCUCGACCUUCCAGCCGCAUCUGCCAACCUAAAGUAGGGCGUCGCGUUGUGCUAUACCAAAAAAUGCAGCAUCUAGAUUUGAAAAGUAUGCUCGGAGCUUCGCUGUUCAGUGUCAUUAUGUGGUUACUGUCUCGAUCCUUUUACCGGCUUGCUCUUCAUCCGCUCGCAGGCGUGCCAGGCCCAAAACUCGCGGCGGUCACCACUUUCUACGCGGCUUUCUACGAUAUUUUCUACCCAGCUCAAUACGUCUUUAAGAUAAAAAGCUUGCACAAAAUAUACGGUCCAAUUAUUCGCGUCUCACCGCACGAGGUCCAUGUCAACGAUGUCGAGUUUUUGGAUCAAAUCUAUAACCCGCCCUCGAGGAGACGUAAUAAAUAUCUACCCAAUCUCAAAGGAUUGCCGUUGGACGCAUCGAUGGGCGCCGCGAAGAAUUGGGAGAUCCACCGCUCGCGACGGGAGGCUGUGAAUCCUUUCUUCGGCCAUGCAAGAGUUUUGAACACGGAGGCAUCGUUGCGCGCUAAGAUGCAAGAUUUCUGUCGCGCGAUCGAAGGCUUUGUAGGGUCGGAUGUGGUUCUCAAUCUUUCGGACUUAUACUUUGCGUUAGCGCUCGAUAUUGUUCAAAAGUAUAGUUUUGGCCAGGACCAAGACGUGAUAGGGGAUCUGGAAGAAGCCAAUCGGUUGCGGAACAAUCUCAGCAGCCUACUUCGCGGCACAAAAUUCAAUUUGUAUUUCGGUUGGCUGCUAGGAGUUCUGGGCCUGCUUCCGAAAAGUAUGAGUGCAUCAUUGAUUCCCCCUGGAGUCAUGGAUCUUAUCAAUUUCCGUAAGAACAUCCGUCAAAACCUCGAAGCAGUCUUCGCAGAUGAAGAGAACAAAAGGAGGGGAGAGGUCGAUUCGGUCUUCUAUGACUUGAAAGAUAACCCCGAUCUUUCCAGUGAUGAGAGAGGGAUUGACAGGCUAGAAGACGAAGGAUCGCUUUUGAUUAUGGCCGGUACCGAGUCGACGGCGAAAUCCAUGCAAAUCGCACACUUCUACCUCCUUGCUCACCCGCCCGUCAUGCGUAAACUUCGCGAUGAGCUCAGCAAAGCUGGCAACCCAACCGCACUGAAGGACCUAGAACAACUUCCCUAUCUCUCCGCCGUGAUCCUCGAAGCCAAUCGCCUGUCCUUCGGCUUGACGGGCCGCAACACAAGAGUUGCACCCGAGCCCGAGAUCCUACGGUAUAAGCAGCACGUCCUGCCGCCGGGGACAGCCAUCAGCAUGACAACGCUAUGCGUACACACAAACAAAGACAUCUUCCCCGAUCCAUGGAAGUUCAAUCCAGAUCGAUUUCUUGGACGAGACGGUUUGGCCAGACGCAAGUACAUGAUGUCGAUGGGACGAGGCACGUACAAGUGCAUUGGGAUCAAUCUCGCCAAUGCUGAGAUGUGCAUGGCUAUCGCAGCUAUUGCUUGCUACGAGAUGGAGCUCUUUGAGACGGAUGAAGAUGAUGUCAAGUUCCAGUAUGAUUAUCACGUGGCGCAUCCGAAAUUGGAUACGAAGGGUGUUAGAGUAAAAGUCCAUUCUCGACUUUAG